AUGUCGGAGAGGCCUGGGCAGCUAGACGCCCCAGGUCGACUCCUAAUCUUAGGGGUAUUGGGCUCCGCUGGAAACAUGGGCUGCGGAGGCAGUUGUGCUCAGAUUGAGGCAUUGCGUGGCAAAGGAAAGUCUCGCAAGGUUGGCCCGGAAGGCGUGCUACCAGUUCCCGACCGAGCCAUCCAUCGACUCUAUGUCGCCAGGCUGGACCGAUACCUUGGGAAGGUGAGCCAAAGGCCCGACGCUUUCAUUCUGAAAGUCGAGCUGCGCCGGUCAGAGGCUUCUUUGAGGCCAAGCAGCGGGAAUCUUUUCGCGUCCAGCGUCGAUGACUUCCCAGGGGAAGCCCGGGAAGAUGCCACGCGGCACGGACAGUCUCCGCAGAAUCUGUCAGUCGGAGUGGGGAAGUAG